CUGGCUUCGCGGAGGCUCCUCCGUGUCUGCGCUCAGGUGGUCUGUGAGCGUCUUUCAGAAAACGGUUCUUUUAUAUGAUUCCUCAUGGAAUUUGUUCUAAUAAAUCUUUCUAUCAAGUGGCCAAAGAAAAGUGUGCAGGUUGGCGUUUUGACGUGUUCACGGUGAGUGAAACCAUCCCCCCAGGAGAGUGGGUGCAGCCCUCACCCCCAAAAGUGUCCCCCAUACCCCCCCCUCGCCGGCCGGCCCCCAGGAAGCUGGCUCCCAGAGGUUCCUCACCAAAGCAUGAGAGCAGGGUCCAGAGUCUUUUAAAAUCGAUAGAAACCACAGCUUCUUCCUGUUUGUCUGUGUCGGGCGCUGAGCCCUCAGCUGGGAACAGUUGCAUGAAACCUGCACCUUGGCUGACAGUGGGCCUGGGGCCUGUGCCUGGUGUGAGGGGCUCGGUCCUGGGGUUUAGAACAUCGUUGCCUUUCGUCGUGUCUGCUUUGGAGGGAGGCGAAUUUAACAUUCCAUUUGCGCAUACACAUCUGGCCUCGCACGACUUACAGUGAGACGACCGCGCUGAAAUGGACAUUUUUAAAGCACUCGAAAGGGAACGGGCUGCGGCGUUGGCUUCCAUGUGCCUGUUCAUCCUCGCCCAUUUUCCGCCGACUUUCAGCGGGAGUGGGAGGGAAGACGGGGAGAGACAUGCAUCCAUUGGUUGCCUCCUGCACGCGCCCAGACCAGGGCCAGGGAUUGAGUUGGAAUCGGACCCGGGACCCUUCAGUCCACAGGCCGGUGCUCUGUCCGAACCAGCAGGGGCCUGUCGCCCCACCUCUCACCUCUGUGCGCAUUUGGACGCAGAGUGAGUCUCUCGCAGGCAUCGUGCGGCGGCUCAUGUGUUCACCCCCUUCGGCCAUCUCUGUCUGAUGGGGGAGUUGGCUGAAAUUUCCAUGUAAAGCAGUUACUGUGGAGGAGGGACUUCCGUCUGCGAUGUUGCUGUCUGGGGUUCCAGGUGCUGCUGGGGACCCCCCCCCGCUUUCUCUCCUGAAAUCAAGCAGAGUCACACGCCCUCAACAAUGUGGUCACAUCACCGUCGCCGCCCUGCCCCCCAAUCUGUCAGCCACCCCCGACCCAGCCUGCUCUCUCUGCAGGGGGGUCGCCAGGGCCCCGACCCGCUGAGGGGCUCAGCCUGCCUCUGCUUCUGCCGGGUCAGGCCCACCCCCCUCCUCCGGGCACCCUGCCUGCUCCUUAGAGCUGCUGGCUGGAUGGGUGGCCACUGUCCAGUGUUUAGGCUUGGCCACCCCAGGUUCUGUCUGUGCUGAUGUUGAUGUUGUGACUGAAUUCUUCUCCCGUGUGAAACCUGUGCGUGGUGACAGCUCCCCCCAGAGAUGGGACGAGAAGGCCGCUGGCCCCGCCUGUGGAGCCAAUGCGCACGGGACCCCGGUUCCUGGGCCCCCGGCUCGGGGAGCCCCUGGCUGCCUUGUUCCUGAGGCUGCUACAUGCGGAGCCGCGCACCCUGACCCUCCCGUUCCAGGGCGGCGGCCCAGGCGGUGCUCCACGUGGACGGGGCGUGCUGUGGACCCUGCCGGGGUGACAGUGGGAGGGAUGGGGGGCGAGAACGCGGUGAAACAAGGUUCCCAUCUUUGCAGCUGACCCUGAACCCCUCGAGCAACCCGUCGUCCGAGCCGAGCACAGCGAACCUGAGCCCGGGCAACAGGUGUGAGCCCGGCGAGUACUGGUCUGCCAAGCGCUGCUGCCAGCUCUGCCCCGCAGGCCACUAUGUCGAAGAGCCGUGCAGCAGCCCCCACACCCGGAGCAAGUGCGAGGCGUGUGACACAGGGACCUACACGGGACACGCCAACGGCCUGCGGUCCUGCCUGCUGUGCACCACCUGCCGCGAGGACCAGGAGAUGGUGAGUGACUGCACCCCGAAACGGAACCGGAAGUGCCAGUGCAAGACCGGGGAGUUCUACUGCGACUCUGAGCCCUGCCCAGAGAGCUGCUACCGCUGCACCAGGUGCCCCGAGGGGAAGGUCGUCCUGCAGGCGUGCAACGCCACGGCCGACACCCUGUGCGGCCUGCCCGGCCCAGGGCCAGGGAGGCGACACCGGUUCUGGUGGAUGGCGGGCUGUCUCUUUGCCGCGGUGGUCGGGGCCCUCGUCAUUCUCUGCGUCAGGAAACCCGGAGAUGGAGGCCGCCGGGCGGCCUGCUGCUGUCCCCAUGCAGGACCUGUCUCCACAGGACGCCAUUACAGAAGAGACAGCCCGGAGAGCUCAGUGUCCUUGGUGGCAUCGCCUGAGACCCCAGAUGCAGACGCUCCGGUCCCCACGACGGGGGCCCCCCACCUGCCUGAAGACCGCCUGGACGAGGCGUCCGAGACCCCGAUCCUCCCUGGGACCCCGGAGAGCCCGGCGGGAGGCGGCCCGCGGCUGGAGGCGGAGGCAGGUGACGAGGCCAGGCCCCAGGCUGGUCACCACGGCCUGACCCUUCUUCACCCCCCGACCCCCUGGCCUGAAGGUCCUGAGGGAUCUUGUGGACACAAAGGGGCCACCUGCUGCCGCUGAGGAGCUUGGGAGGCCUGCGAGGCCGCCUUACCGCCUCGGAGACCAGGUGACCACACUGGAUGGUCUGAAAUAAAAACUUUCCAAGCCUGGCCGGCUUAGCUCAGUGGUUAGUGCAUCAGACUGUGCACAGAAGGGUGGGAAGUUCCAUUUCUGGUCCAGGGCUCAGACCUGGGUUCCAGGUUCACUCCCCACCCUUCAGAGCCCCUGUGUGAGACAACCAGUCGGUGAGUCUCACUCUCUCCUGCCUCCCUCCAUCCCUUAUGCCCCCUUUGGAGACUCCAUGGAAAGCAUAUCCUCAAAGGAGGAUUGCCUUCCUAAUCCUAACCCCCAACCAUAAAAUUGUUUUCUUUCUUUUUUUUUAAACAUUUUAUUUAUUUUUUUUAAAGGGGAGAAU